GCAAACCUGCCUUUCACGUGCUAGCAACUGCCGGAUAACGGCAACUUUUGCUGGCAACUCAGGUCGGUUGCUAAUAAUGGAAUCGACUGUAGUUCUAAACAACACAAGCUAAAAUCUCCAAGGGAAUGGUCCGAGGGAACGAGGAUCAAAAGGUGGAAGAGCUGCGCUGCCCCCCUCUCCAGUUGCCACCUGCCAAGAUGGUGCUAUCGGCCUGCCGGGGGGUGCUGUCCCUGGCUGCCCUAGCACUGCUCCUGCUCGUCUGCCUGGCUCCCGAUGGUUCAAGAGGGAAUAAACUUAAGCUGAUGCUUCAAAAACGCGAAGCUCCUGCACCAGCUAUGACUGAGGUGUCAGUAAAAGAAAAUACGGCCAAGGAGUUCUUAAGCAGCCUGAAACGCCAGAAGCGCCAACUGUGGGACAGGACUCAACCCGAUGUGCAGCAGUGGUAUCAGCAAUUCCUCUACUUGGGAUUUGAUGAAGCCAAAUUUGAAGAUGACGUCUCCUACUGGACAAACCUGGGACGUGGUGGCAAUGAAUAUUAUGGAGGCUACUACCAGAACCAUUUUGAUGAAGAUGCACCUAUUGGGCCCCGAAACCCACACACCUUCAGGCAUGGAGCAAAUGUCAACUACGACGAUUAUUAACCUUGUUUAUUCUACUGUAACUAAGAAUUGUAUGUCUGUAUCGGAUUGAGCUAAGCCCUAGCCUCACUAACUCACAUUCUCUCUCUCCCUCUACCCUCUUUUUUUAUAGUAGCCAUUUGUUAUAAACAAGGAGAAGAAAGAAACUGUCUAGCACAGAAGCCUAUUUGGAAUGGGCUUCUAUAAAUACUUAAUAGUACACUAUGUAUAAGUGUUAGAAUUAAAGUCUUUUGGUAGAAUAAGCAUUUUUCCAUUUCUUGGGUAGAGUUUGCAAUAGCUGACCAUUUCAAAGCACUACAUUAUUAGGGAUUACAUUUUCAAGGGCUUUUUACUCAUUCUUAAAAACCGAUUGCCUAAUUCCAUGAUUUCAUCAAUUUUGGUAUAUUUUAUAAGACAAUGCGUUACAAUAUGCUCAGUUAUUUAGGUCUGUGUCAGUACUGUAAAUAAAUCCUACCCUCUUAGAGGAAAAAAUGUUUCCUCAAAUUUAAACA